AUGCCGGUCGCCGACAGCGAGAUGGUGGCGGACGGCCACCGGUCGUACGAGGGGAAGACCCCGAGCUGCGCCGGCAGCGAGAGCGUCCUCCCCGCCUCCCUCGGCAGCCCCGCCGCCGACGUCCUCCGCAACUUCUAUCACACCAAACGGGUCGGGAACUACCUGAUCGGGCGGAAGCUCGGGGAAGGCUCGUUCGCCAAAGUUAGAGAGGGUCUUCACGCGCUGACGGGAGAGAAGGUAUCUGCCAUUUGCUUGCUCAAGAAGCUUCUAGAGCCAGACCCCUCCAAGCGGCCCAACAUCCACCAGGUGAUGGCUGAUUCCUGGCUACAGCUCGCCAAUAAAAACACUGGAGCACCAUACCUGAACAGGAUCCACAUUGAGGAGAUCAACCACAUGGUGUUGCUCCACAUGACGGAGAAGAUGGGCUACAAACACAGUGAGGUGCUGAGUGCUGUCCUCACCAACCGUGCCUGCCACACCCUGGCCGUCUACUUCCUCCUCAACAACAAGAUGAAGCGGCUCUCCAAGGAGUACAGAGAGAUGCAGUACCAGGAGAAGAAGGUUGAGAAGAACGAGUACUUUCAGACUCAGUGGAGGAAGCACGUCGACAAGAUCACCAUCCCGCCGAAACAGACGCCGGUCUACCUGGCGGUCAGUAAGGGGCCCAGCAAGGAGAAGAAACACAGGACAGGCCUUCUGCGUGCUAUAACCGGUGGCCAUCGGAACUCUCCACUGGCUCCGCCCGGCACCGUGGCUUCGUCCUCCAUGGAGUACCUGGAGAUCCAUCCUCUCUUCUCCAACACUCCACAGCAGCGGAGACGCCUGGCCACCCUCCCCCAGGUCAACACCAGCCCGGAGCACAACAUCCCCGCCCCUCCGGCACCGUCCCCCAUCGGCAUGCACUCCUUCGACUCCCUCUCUAAGGCCGAGCAGAUCGAAGACACCCCCGCCGCUCCCUGGUACAAGCUGACCAACGGCACCUUCUCUCCGCCCCGCCACGUCUCCGCGUUCCACCCCGACUCUUCCUACUUGAAGAAGGCCACCAUCCCCAGCCCUCCCGUCCUUAUCGUCAACCCGCAGCCCAAGAAGAGCAACUCGUCCGAUUGGUGCGGCUCCUCCGACACCAGCGGCAGCCCCCCCAGCACCGUAGGGAGUCCGGGAAACUCGGCUUUUAGUCCCCCAAAGUCAGCCUUUAGCCCGCUGAACCCCUCGUCAGCAUUCAGUCCUCCUUCCAGCGGGGGCGCCGCCGAUCCCGAUAGCCCGACGCAUCGCAGUAAGUUCCCCUCCAUGGGCAUUGGACAGAUCCUGAAGAAGAAAAUCCAGCUGCCGCCGUUCACCUUCCGGGCCGAGCAGGUCGUCGAGGAGGUGGUGUCCCCUCCACCGUAUCCGAUGCAGACUCUGCUUUGCGCUUCAGGUGCGCUCAAAACGCUCUGCUGAGGUCAAGUCGGUGAAAUUUAAAAUACAAAAAGGAA